UAUUCUUUUAAAAUUCGAAUAAAGACGGUUGUCUUAGCUUAGAAAAUAGUUUUUAAAACCGUUAAAAUUGUAAUUGGAUUGGGUACUUUUUCAGCAGAUUCUUGUAUAAUGUUAGUCAACUUUUGAUUUUAAGACCUCUGGCUUUUUAUUUAAUUUACGAGAAGCUGUAGUACAACUACUGGUACUAUUGAGUGAACUGCAGUAAGGGCUCUACUUAAAAACUGCAAUACUUGCAUGAUAGUUUUUAAUUUUCAAAAUAGGUUUGUAAUUGUGCAAGAGAACCUUAAGUUAAGGCUCAUUUUACUUGAAACUAAUUAAUGAUUUAAUUUUGAUAACUUGUAUUGGCUUGCGAAAUGAAUUCAGCUGUAAUACCAACCCUUGUCGAGGAUUACUAUGGGGACGACAAGUGGAUGUGUAUGGUCAUCAAACUAAGAAACCAGCCCAUAUCAACUUUAUAAUCCUUCAUAUUCAUGAAAUAUUCCAACAAAAACUUGAAAUAAUUCAAACUUCCAACACCCACAUAAUCUGCACAAGAGAUUUCUGAUGGAAGCAGAGGAGCGAGAACCAGAAGUUGUAUUGAUUGGGGAUUUUACAAUUGCUAUGCUAGCUCACACAGAGGUUUGGGAGAAAUACUUUGUUUCUAUGCAUUGCUUGAACUUUGGAAUAUCAGAAGAUAAAACUCAGAAUGUCUUAUGGCGAAUAGAGAAUGGAGAAAUCGAAACUAUGAACCCAAAGAUUAUUGUGCUGUCUGUUGGAGCUAAUAAUUAUGAAAAUACAGCACAAGAAGUAGUUGAAGGAGUACGAGCCUGUGUAACAGCUAUUAGAAGCUACCAUAACAGUGCUGAAAUUGUUGUAUUAAAACUCUUUCCCUGUGGUCAGUACCCUAAUCCUGUGAGAGAAAAAAUAAAUCAAAUCAACAGUUUACUGGAAGCAGAAUUGAAGGCUUCACCAAACAUCCAAGUGGUUAAUCUGGAUCCUGGGUUUGUUCAGACAGAUGGUACCAUUAAUCAUCAUGAUCUGUAUGAUUAUAAACACUUGACACGUAGGGCAUAUAUGCAGGCUUUUUCUCCCUUGUCAGAUCUAAUACAACAGUUGAUUAGAGAAUUAACACUACCUCAAGCUGAAACUCCAACACUGCCAGAUGAAUAAUGGAUGUGGUGAAACAUUUAAAACUGUCGCUUAAGCUUGUGAAACAACUCUCUUGUUAGGCAUUAUCAUGUUUGCUUUUAAUUAAGGACCAAACAAGAAAUAUGAGUGUGUCUUCUUUUUUCUUAUUUUUUUGAUGAAAAAAGCUUCAUUGUAAGUUAAAUGAGUGGUAUGAAAGUUAAUACUUUUGUAUUCUUACUGUUUAUCUUUGUUGAGUUCACUUGAACCUUUAGCACCUGAUUGAGCUAGAUUACAAAUCUGAAUUUUUUGUUAUGGGAUCAAGACUUUAGCGUUUGCUAAGUAUCCCCAUUUCUGAGGUGACAUUAUGUUAAAAAAAAGGAAUAUUGGUAUAUUUAACUCCUUCCAAGAAAUUAUGACUGUGUCUGUUCUCAUAUUAGGUUAAUACUUUCUUUCUGGCUGUUAAGAUUUUGUAAGGUGGGUGAUUAGAGGUUUAUAGAUACAAUACCCACAAGAAAUAUUUUACUAAAAAAAGUAUAUUAACUGUAAAAUGCUAUUCAAAAUUAAUCUUGUUUAUUUUUUAUUCAAGAUAAUCCAUAAUAUUGAGUUGUUUGAUGUCCAAGCUGUUGAUAAACCUUUGUCAAUACUCCGAGUCAUUUUAACAUUACGCAUUCACUGUUAGCUAAUCACCUUUUCAGUUAUUUUAUCUCUAUUACCCAGACUGAUAAUUAUAAAAUGUUGAAUAUUAGAUUGUGCAAUGAUUAAAACUAGCAACAUGCAAAGUAUGUGUAGUUGAUCUAGGUAAUAAACUUUGUUGUGGAAUACA